AUGGGCGAGCACAAAAAUGAAUCAUUUAUGGAAUCGAAGCCAGAACCGACUACUUCAUCGUUUCGGGGCAGAUAUGCUAAACCAAAGUGCGCAAUUUGCCACGAGGACGGCGACGGACUGCACUUUGGCGCUGACGCUUGCAGGUGAGAGAGAGAGAGAGAGAAAACAGAUACUAUUUGAUUGAUCACGCUAAAUUUGAAAUUUUUCAGAGCAUGCACUGCAUUUUUCCGCCGGACCGUCGCCUUGAACAAGACAUAUGAGUGCAGAAAUGACAAGAAUUGCGAAGUUUCAUCUAGUUAGUUUCGGUUGCUGCUCUUCGAAAUACCAACAAUUACAGAUAUCCGUUGUAUCUGUCGUUCCUGCCGAUAUGAUAAGUGCAUUGACGUGGGAAUGAAGCCGGAACUUGUGCAGAAUCGGAAAGACGGCGCCACUGAAGAGAAUCUCGAAGUGGCCAGAUUGAACUCGAGCAGUGCUCCGCUGCAGUCUCUUUCAGUCGCCCCGAUACCACAGGCACCAGUGGCGACCACAGCGACCUCACAACUUUUCGACUUCUCAUUUUUCCAAUCUCGGCCUUCCACCAGCUUCUCACCUUUCCCUCUUCCGGGUCUUGUGAUCUCUCCGUCGUUGGAGAGUAUGCCACUUCUGGAGAGAAUGAAGAUCAAUUACGAGAAGAUGGAAAGUGCUAGAACUGUGAUUCAUAGAUGGGAAGGAGACAACAUCUUCCAGCAGAAACAGCCGAGAGCAUUGACGUUCCGGCAGGCGGCAGAAGUGACGACGAAGGAAGUCUCGCUGGUGGCCGACUGGAUCGAGUGGUGCUUUGACGACUUCUCGGUGCUACCGUCGGAUCAGAAAACGAUACUCUUUCAAAACUUUUUCAUAUAUUUCACUAUGCUAGAGAGAGGUUAUGCAACUUUUAAAAGCGGUAAGCGUCUGUCUAUCAAACGAGUACUUAAUUGCAGUUUCAGGCAGAGAAAAUGUUGUUGUGAUGGCUUCGAAGGAUUACGUUGAUAUCGGAAACCUCGAAGUGUUCUUUGGAGAGUGCCUGACUGACUCCUCUUGUACACCCGAGAAGCUGGCCAAGUAAGUCACUGCCUAAUUCUGGGGUUAGCUCAAAGAUCUCAAGGAUUUGCAGACUCAUUCGACCGUCUUUCGACCUUCAACAAAAAAGUCUAUUCAAUUUGAUACGAAUAGAAAACGUGGAUAUCUACGAGUUCUUCGCCCUUUGUGUACUCCUUUUCUGGGAUUUCGGCCUGGAUGGACAGAGUGACGAGUGCAACGAAGUGGGCAGAAAAGUGAAACAACGAGUCACCAGGGAGAUGACAUUCUACUUGAGACACGUGAAAAAGCACGAGGAGCCGCUGUUCCGGAUGACCGGAGUCGUCUCUAUUCUGCCGACAUUACAGGUAAAGUGCCAAGACAAAAUUUACUAAGACAAUUAUAUUUCAGCGAGCUGUUCGUAGAUUUCAAGAGGACAUCGAGAUGGCUCAUCUCUGGAACAUUUAUGCUCUGCCCGAAAACUUUUACAAUAUAGUCAAUGGAAAGUUCUCGACAUAA